AGUCACUGCACUUCUUUCCUGUUCUCCCACUUUUACCCCCCAUCUUCUCUCUCAAAGCUGCAUUCCCGCUUUCACUCACAAACCGAGCUAUUGUGAGUAUACCUGCUGCGCGUACCUCUGUCAUCAUCUGCGGUAUCUGUCAGGCAAUCGUUGUUUUUUUUUCCAUUGUGGCGUAACUAUCGACUCGGACUAUUUGAAAUCUGUGGACCAAUACCAAUGAAGUCGUCAACGAACUCAUAUCGACGGGGGCAUCCCUCGUCUACUCUGCAACCAUCGUCCCUCACAGACGGAGCUGGGACCUCACAUCAUGCAUAUAACGCGGAACUAAUGUAUUCACACGAACGCAAACGUUCUUCAUCAGGAUCUCCUCUUGAAGAUUACUUGUUCAGCUACCAGAAUGCUCUCAUAAAUUCUCAUCCAUUGACGAACAAUUUCCAAUCUUCCAAUGCCAACCCCGAGCUUGCAUCUUCCGAUGCCUCGAAAUAUACAACUGCCACACACAAUGUGUCGCAGGAUAGACUCCCCGACUUUCAGUCGCUCAGCCGCAAGUACUUACGGAUGUUAGCGAACGAAUCGGAUGAUAACAGAAGUCUGAAUACAAUUCGCACAGCACCACUUGCGGAACCUCAAGGAGAGAACUACGGAGGAGAUCCGCAAUCACUUGAAUAUGACUCUCUAAUGAACUCCCCAGUCGCUUCCGAAUUCUUAACACAGGAAUGUUUCACCGAUUAUCUCUCGUCUCCUUUGGACGUUUCCCCAAUAGAGAGUUCGCCCUCUUCUUCCCUUUUCGGCAGCCCCAUCAUGAAAACAAUUGAUUCCAAUAAUGAGUCGGGAUGGGUUAAUACAGACGACAAUAUCCGUAACGUCCAACCCCAACAUAUAAACAACGGCGCUUCCGAGUCUGCUUCGAAUGACACGGUGCCCACGAGUUCAGAUCAAGUACAACAGCCAGUCUCCGGGAAAUCUUCGAGAUCGCAAACUAGCCAUAAUUCCGUCUCCCCUCCUACUUCUGCGUCUGGCUCGGAAUCUCGGAAUCUUUAUCCGACUAAACGUCUUCCUGGUUUUCGACCUGACAAUAUCAUGAUAAACACUUCAGCGUGUAAAGCACCUUCAUCGUUCAAAAUAGUGAACGGUACUCGACAUCACCUCACACUCAAUGGGCUCGUGCCGCUUGAUGCCCCUACUCGGCCCCGGAGAAGUAUGAUACCUACUGAAUCUUCCUCUCCACCCGCCGAGAACAAGAAUCAGAAACGAUCACAUUCACUGGCGUUCGACGACGAUGGUAACAAUGAGAGAUUCAAUGACGAAGAACAGGACUCUUUGCCAUCCUCUGAAUUGUCUCUGAGUCCGAACGCUACAGAAUCAGAGAAACUCGCUCUCAAGCGUCGGCGUUGCACACUUGCUGCGCGGAGAAGCCGAAGACGCAAGCUCGAAUACCAGUUAAUGCUGGAGCGAACGGUAGGAAAUUUGGAGAAGCAAAGAGACAAGUGGAAGACGAGAUGCACGAUUUUGCAGGAGAUAUUGAAGAGGCACAAUGCGGAUUUCAAAUUUGAAGAGGAGGAGGAGGAGGAGUGCUAA